AUUAGAAAGACCUCAUUUGACAUGGUAGGUAGUUAACACGAAAUUACAAAAACAUAAAGCUGCCACAAAAAUGCUCAGAAUUAGCCUUGGUUAAUCCGAUGUAGCCCAUAAUUACUUGUAGCUACUGGCUUUCAGAUUAUUAGCAAUUAUACUUAAAAAACGACUAGCUGUCCAAGUUGACAUGACACCUCUCAAAGAAGCCAUCAUGUUUGUCACAAAUUUGGCUAUAUAAUAGCAUUAUGUUACACAAAACUUAUAAAUGGCUAUAACUGAACAUAAGCUUGAGCUAAUCAAAAACAAUUAAAAUAUAGCAAAAUAGAAUUUAAAAAUAACACAAAAAAUAGAGAUGGGCACUUUUACGCGUUAUUAUUGGGUCAAUUCUUCUGACAAUUAUUUUAUCGCACGUUAAUGCAGUUAAAAAAUAAUUAUGUAUUAUGUUAUUGUAAACGUCUGUUGUUCACCGGCUUUUAAUUUGGAAAGUCUCACAGGAACCAGAAGAAAAGAGAAUAACAAAACCUGUUUUAAAACGCUAAAUGUCCAAUCACACAUCCUACUAAUCGGUACUAUCUAAACAAGAUCCUUCAGGCUGGACCUCGGACAAGCAAAGUGGUCAAGCGAUUAGCCUACCUGGUAAACUGAGCUAAAUGCUACUACUAAAGUAGUAGCAUUAGCUGUUUGUUUUGGAAACAGGACAAGAGAGUACUUAAAUCAUCCCCGAAAGGAAAUUAUUCAAUCGACACAGCAGAAAGGUCAUACAUGGCAGUUCCAGAAAUGUGACCUAUCUGUGGUGGUUGCAGCUGUCGUUGCUAACCUGAGGGAGUUGGGGGUGAAGCAGUGAGAGCAGAGAGACUGAAGAGAGAGCCGGUCUACAACAUGAGCUGAUAUUUAGAUUCACUGACGACGGCUCCAUGGCCCCGGCUGCUAAUACUACAUGAUCUUGGCAGGACUUACACCUCCAGUUUGUGCUCGCUGCGGGACACAGGGAGACCUUGGCUUCGGCAAAUGAUUUGAGAUGAAAUAUUUUGCUGUGUGGAUCUUGUUACCUUAACUUGGACUUUGCGGGGAUGACCAAAGGGAUUCCAGAGAUAAUAUAACAGCAAAAAGGAAUCAGAAUGGAAGUUUCUGGAUCCAGCCGCAGCCUUGAAAUUCCUUUAAAGAGGCCAAAGGUCAGCGACAUCCCAGACACUGGGGCUGCGACUCCAGAACCCGCACCACCAGUCUUUAACCGCAAACUUCGCAAAGCAGCAGUUGGCACAGGCUGUGACAUCCGGUUGAGAGUAUCAGUGGCAGGACAUCCCAAACCUGUCCUCACCUGGUACCACAACGACGAUCCUGUUCCUCCCUCAGAGGCCCAGGACCCAGGAGGUCUGUGGAUCCGGGACUGUGGCACCAGUGAUGCUGGUUUGUACACCUGCGUGGCCACCAAUGAUCUGGGGGAGGCGAGCUGUAGUGCCGUCCUGGCUAUAAUGGAUCUGGGUGAAGAUUCUGAGGCGACAGAGGAUGAGACCACGGAGCCUCAGAUGGAAACCAAAGAGGGGGCCGGGAGGCACCAAGACAAGGCUGGGCAGGGCGGCCCCCCAGGGGAAGGAGGAAAGCUGAUGAACUCCAACCAAGAUUCUACUGAUCGCAGGGCCACCCUCCCCGGCACACAUGACCCCGUGGUGGAGCGAGAGCUUCGCACUCUAGGCUCUCGCCCUCCAGGGACAUAUAUGGAUCCCACAAACCUUGCCAGGACUCAAACUGUCAAGCACUCUAUUGGUCAGCGGUCCACCUCUCGUGUCCCUCUGUCUUCUCCCGAGCCUCCUCUCAGUAUGUGUAACCCCUACCAGGAACUGCAGAAACCCAAGCCUUUGAAAACGGAUCAAUCUCCUCGGGUCAGUACUUCUACUCUGACUCAAAAACUGGUUCAUGCAGGACCCAAGAUCUCCGACAAGGUACGUGCUUAUGAGGAACGAAGAGGAAGCACGGACCCCCUAAGAGGAGCAGCUUCUAGUUUGGGGAGAGCAGCGUCCUUAGACUCGGAUGAUAGUGGACAAAAGACAGGAGGCCCCAACAAACAGGAUGAAAGAAUCCUACAGGGAGCAGCCCAGAAGCGUGUAGCAUUUAAGCAACGUGCCUCCUCUCUGGAGGACAAGAUCAGCUACUCCCAGAGGGUCCAGAAUUAUCAAAGCAAGUUCACAGAGGAGCUUCAGCGAAUCAAGAAGAUGGUGGUAAAGCCAAGCUUGAAGAAGGCAUACUCCACCGAGCAGCUGUCCCAGAAUGAGAGGAUCCCCGUGAAAGUUGAGCCCAUUCCUCCUCAAGUAGUUAAAAAGUUGGAGGCCAGGGAACGAGCCCUCGAGGAAGGGAGAGGAGGAGGCAGCAGACGGCAGGUCCACGCUACACCUAAAGAUAAGGAGUUGCUGACAAUGGCAAAACCAAAUUUACAGGGUAGACCAUUGGACACUUUAACUGGAGGACUUUCAGGGGGGAUCUCUGUUGCCAUGGAUACACCAUCAGUUCACCAGUUACCAAGGCAACCAGUGCCAACAGUCACAAGAACAAAUCUGACCAGGAAUAAUCUACAAAUCUCCUCAGUAUCUGACAAAGACUUGCUAGUUACUCAGUCCUCCUCUUCCCACAACUCCUUGAGAGACCAGAGGACAAGUUCAAAGGGAGACACAGAAAGUGACAUGAAAGUGGGCAGCAGGUCGCUCAGCCCAACUGGGAAGCUGGGAAUCCAUGGUCCACCCAAGCCCCCACGACUGAAUUCGUCACCUACCCAAUCGGUCAGUCCUCUCCUGAAAAGGAGGAAAGCAGAAGUAGGAAGGACAACAACGUCUCCCAACGUAAGGGUGAACAUUCCUACAAUCCUGGUAGAGGACGAACCCAUGAGGACAGAAGGCACCAAAGACAGGACAAAGAGGAAGGAAGGAAAGGUUCGAAGGAGCAGAAGCUCUGCUCAACCCAUGUCUCCCACAGAAGGGCCUUCAUCUGACGACUCCUACCAAUCGGCAGAUGAGGAUCCCGUGGAGGCCCCAAGGUUUCAGAGGCCACUACAGGCCACAGCAGCGGCCAUUGGCUCUGAGGUCACGCUCAAAUGUGUCAUAACGGGAAACCCACCUCCUACAGUGAUGUGGAGGAAGGAUGACAUGGAGAUAAGCCAUGAUGCCGGCCAUGUGUUGAAGGCGUCAGGCGAGGAGCACAGUCUUGUGAUAAAGCAGAUGAGUCUCAAUGACGUUGGGUCGUAUGGCGUCACAGCAGUCAGUGCAGCGGGCAGAGCGUUCUGUAGUACUGCACUUAACGUCCAACCAGAGUGGACCUACAACACGCAGCAUGGAAAACCAGCACUUUCCCUGGACAUAAGCAGUCCAAUCCAGUCAGAUGAGGAGUACCUGAGUCCACAGGAGGAGGCCAUGGAGGUUACGCUCUCAACAACUGCUCUGACACCCAGUGUCUUGCUGAGAGAGGCCCCCUCCUUUGAGGUGGUGCCGUGUGAUCAGGAGAUAAGUGAGGGUGAUGACAUUGUUGUCUCCGUCAAAGUCAAAGGACAACCAAAGCCCAUGACCUACUGGUCAAAGGAUGGAGUCGCAGCAAAGACAGCAGGACGUUUCACUCUGCGAGAGACUCAUGAUGGAGCUGAAGAACUGAGAAUCAGUCCAGGUCAGACGUCAGAUUCUGGGCUUUACAUGUGCAAAAUCAUCAACGAAUAUGGAAGCAGGCAGGCGGAGUUCAGGGUGGAGGUUACAGCCCAGACAUCACUGAAAAUCACCAGAGAGGUCAACAACAUGUCAGCAAGGGCUGGAGAGUCGGCCAUGUUUGAGUGUCACAUCGUCGGACCUUCAGAUGUGGACGUGGACUGGCUCUCUAAUGGAAAGCUGAUCCAGCCAGCGCUCCUCAACUGUAAGAUGCACUUUGAUGGGAAAAGGUGUCGGCUACUUCUAAACUCAGUUCAUGAGGAUGACAGUGGGACGUACACAUGCAAGCUAAGCACUGCCAAAGAGGAAUUGACUUCUAGUGCAAAUCUACAAGUCACUCCAUCCAAAGAACCUCUCUUCACCCGUAAACUGGACAUCCUGGAGGUCAUUGAAGGUCGCACAGCGCGGUUCAACUGUAAGGUGAGCGGCUCGCCACCUCCCCAGGUCACAUGGAUGCAUUUUGAGACGAGAGUGGAAGAGAGUGACAACGUUCACAUCCUACAAGAGGGAGGACGCCACUCGCUUGUCAUCAACCACGUCAGCAGUGACACCGAGGGCUUCUACACAGCCAUCGGCCAAAAUAUCUAUGGAAAGUCUGAGUGCACUGCUGAGCUCUAUGUGCAGGAAUCCAGAGCUGCAAUUUCUUCUCACAUGGCCAAGUUAGAAAAGAUGCCAUCCAUCCCAGAGGAGCCUGAAGGUAUGGAAAGUGAAGUGGAGAAGAGAACCAUGCCAGACUUUGUAACACCAUUAGCUGACAUUGAGGUCAUCGAGGGAAAAGAGGCAGUGCUGGAAUGCAAAGUGGCCGGCCUGCCAUACCCAACCAUCGCCUGGUACCACAACGGCAAACGCAUCGAGAGCAGUGAAGAAUGUAAAAAGACCCAGUACGGAGAUGUCCACCAUCUGGUCAUCCGGACCACCUGUCAUUCUCAUGGAGGUGUCUACAAAGCUGUCAUCUCCAACAAAGUGGGAAAGGCAACUUGCUAUGCACAUCUCUACGUCACAGAUAUAGUUCCUGAUGCUCCCGAUGGUCCUCCAGUGAUUGACGCCAUUACAGGGAAAACCAUAAGUCUCAGCUGGAAGAAACCUAAGAGGGCUGAUCCUUCAUUUGACACCUGCGCAUUGCUUUAUGUGGUCCAGCAGCAGCCUCUGGGCUCCACCCAGUGGACGGUCAUCGCCACCAACCUGAAGGAGACCAACUAUACAGUCACCUCCCUGUCCAAAGGGGUGCGCUAUGCCUUCAGGGUGUUGACGUCCACUGGCAAAACCCAGAGUAGGCCUUCACCCUCCACGGAUUUGGUCCAGCUACUGGACAGAGGACCUUAUCUGAGGAAGGCUCCAGUCUUUUUGGACAAACCAGACGUGGUGUAUGUUGUAGAGAACCAGCCAGCCAGCAUCACCGUGACGUUAAAUCAUGUACAAGCAGUUGUCACCUGGAAACGGAGAGGAGUGGCCCUGGCCAGCAAACCAGGAAUGUAUGAGAUGUCCAUGCCAGAUGACGACCAACACACGCUGAAACUUCAACGGGUUAAAAGCGCAGACCUCGGCCAGCUAGUGGUAAUGGCCAGCAACCAGUUUGGCAGUGAUCUCUGCACACUUCAGCUGACCAUGGCAGUGCGUCCAAAGUUUGAAACCAUCAUGGAGGAUGUGGACGUGCAGGUUGGUGACACAUCUCGUCUAGCUGUCGUAGUUGAAGGCAAACCAGACCCCGAUAUUCUGUGGUACAAGGAUGAUGUGCUUCUGUGUGAAAGCAGCCACUUCACAUUUGUGUAUGAUGACCCAGAGUAUUCUCUGGUCAUUCUGAACGCCCGCCCCGAACACUCCGGUGUGUACACAUGCACAGCUAAGAACCUGGCAGGCUCCAACUCCUGCAAGGCCGAACUCACGAUCCACACAGAGCGGAAAGAAGAACUAGAGCCAAUGGAGGACGAGGGAAGCAUCCUGAGAAAGAUGAGGCGAUUGACGGAUUACUACGAUGUCCACAAAGAGAUUGGAAGGGGUGCCUUUUCCUAUGUAAAGAGAGUGACGGAGAAGAAGACGAAGGCCGAGUUUGCUGCCAAGUUCACCUCUGCACGUGGGAGGAGGAAGGUCUUGGCUCUAAGAGAGAUGGACCUUCUGUCUGAGCUUGACCACGAGAGGAUUCUUUACUUCCACGAUGCCUUUGAAAAGAAGGAUGUGAUGGUGAUCAUCACGGAGCUAUGUCAUGAGGAGUUCCUGGAAAGAAUAGCCAAACGAACAACAGUCACGGAGUUGGAGAUACGCAACAUUGUCCAUCUCGAUAUAAAGCCAGAGAAUAUUUUAAUGUCACGCCCUGGCAGUGACCAGAUUCGCAUUUGUGAUUAUGGAAAUGCCAUUAAAUUGGAGUCCUCCGAUCAGUACUACUGCAAAUAUGGAACGCCAGAAUUCGUCGCCCCGGAGAUUGUUAACCAAACUCCUGUUUCCACAGCAACAGACAUAUGGCCUGUUGGUGUCAUCACCUACCUCUGUCUGACAGGUGUGUCUCCUUUUGCUGGUGAAAACGACAGAGCUACCGCCUUGAACAUCCGCAAUUACAAUGUGGCGUUUGAGGAGAGCAUGUUUGCAGACCUCUGCAAAGAGGCUAGAGGAUUUGUCAUCAAACUUAUGGUGGUGGACAGACUGAGGCCGAGUGCCAUGGAGUGCCUUCGACAUCCCUGGUUUAAGUCCCCAAGAAACAAGACCAUCAGUACAAGCAUCCUGAAGCAGGUUUUGUCCAGAAGGAAAUGGCAGCGUUCUCUAAUCAGCUACAAAGCCAAGAUGGUAAUGCGGUCCAUUCCAGAGCUUCUAAAUGAAUCCUCCAACCACGUCUCAAUUGCUGUAUCACGGCAUUUAAAAGAAGGAUCUGAACAACUUUCCUCUUCCUCUGACUCAGAUGCAGAUGUUGAUGAGCUGCCUUUUAUUCCUAUGCCAUUGUCAAUGGUCUUCUCAGGUUCCAGAGUCUCCCUUAAUGAGAUAUCUGGGGAUGGAGAUGUCUCUGCAUGUCACAGCGCUAGUACUGGUGGGACUGGAAAUAAGGAAAAUAUGGAGGUAGGAAGUUCAAGAGGAAGAAAACCUGAAAGGUUGGCAGAUGAGGAGGAAGCAACAAGUGGGCAGAAGAUGGUGGAGACAAAAGGAGCUCCACUUAGAAAAGGAGCAAGUGUGGAGGCAGAAGAAUCGGAGACAAAAGCCAGGAGGGCUACUAUGAGAAGAGGAAGCUCCGCUGAUUCAGCUCUGCUCCACAUUGAUACAGAAGAAGAAAAAGCCACUGAGGAGUCAGAGAAAAGUAACAAGAACCUUAAAAAGUCGGUGUCUAUGGAACUCCCUAAUCGCAGCCCAAGUCCAGGGGCAGCAAAGCUGAGCCAGGAGGAUUAUGCCCUUAAACUGGAACUGAUGAGACAGCGGCUGCUCAGGGGAGGAAGUAUGGACAAAAAAAUGAGUGGUCUUAGAGGACCAUUGUUUGAAACACUGGGCAUUGAUGAUCAGAGUCAAACAGGGUCUCUAGAUCGUAAUUUGAGGCGAUCAAGAGCAGGGCCCUCAACAAUUACCAGGGCUGCAUCCUCUGACACUCCCUCUGAAGACACGCCAAAGACCAAAGUUUUUAAAAAAAGCAUCUCCUUCACUCAAGGGGAUUCUGAACCUAUGCCUCUGCACCGCAGGUUUGGAGAGCCUUUAGAGAUUCCCUCUACCGGCAGUGCUACUAAUGAAGGGAAAAAGCUCAAGGAGGCAACCUCAAUGUCAGCACUGACAGAGCAAACAACACUGAAAUCAACUUCCACCUCCCCAACAAGAAAGGCUUCAUUUGUACUCCCAACAAACGAAGAGGACCAACAGCAAAAACAGAAUCAUGUGAGAGAACAUGGGGGCACAGAGAGGACCAGUAGGACCAGUAACUCAGAUCAAACACACACUGUAAAAUCUGAGUCUAUGCUAUCCCCUGUAAUCCCUCCCAUAAUUGUGACUGCGGAUAAUGAUGAAGCACCAAACAGACAGAAAAAGAAAGAGUUAGAUAUUCAUAAAAAUGAUAGGAAAGAAAAUGGAAAAAUGGCACAGAAUAGUAAGCCAUCAGGUACCAUUCAGAAAGUUCUGGUUCAAAACCAAACCACAGACUCUUCAGCUGCAGGCCUAUCAGACAUUACACUGGGCAACCAUCCCCCUGCAUUAUCAGAACAUCCAGCUGUCUUUGCUAAAGUAGCAACUGCUGACCAAUCCCCCACUGCGAUUUCCUCCUCACCUAAUGCCUCUGUCCCACGUCAAGUGAUGCUCAGAACAGAUAUCAAAGACAUUGACUCGGAAGAGAUCUUUGAAGCCAGAUUUAAGAAGCGGGAGUCGUCUUUAACUCGUGGAAUCCGAAAGUUGACCAGGAACAAAUCAGAUGAGAAGUCACCAAUAUUAAGUCGGAAGACAACUGAAAGUGGUGAAGAGGUUUACAGGCCAGGUCCGAGGGGUGCACCUAUAGAAAUGGUAGCUAGCGGACUUCAGGCAAAAUCUAAAUCUGUUCAGGAUUUGAGAGAAGAUGACAAGGAAACAGGACUUAGUCUGAUUGGAAGGUUUUCCUUGCGAAAUAAGCGAUCCACAAACAUGGACAAGAAAGUUGAAAAGACAAAAGAGGACAAGGCCCAGGGUGUACAGGAAUCUGCUGUAGGCAAGAGGGUUUCAUGGGCCGUUGGACGCAGCAAGUCCCUAGAUACAAAUGAGCAGAGACCAGUGGAGAACAGAGAGCUAAGAAAAGAGGAGGAGUCAUCAGUUUCUGCAAUGAGGCGCAGAUUUGAGUCUAAAGUGGCAGGAAUUUCUGCCAAGCUCAGAUCCCAGUCAAAGGAGAGGAACAAUAAAGAUGCAGACGAGGGUCAAAAAGAGCUGGUGCAAAGAAAGGAAGUUAAAAAGGCCACAGACUCUCCCAUCCUGGCAAUGCGACAAAGGUUUGAGAACAAGGUGUCAGAAAUAUCCACAAUAAUCCGCAGUCAGUCUAAAGAAAAAAAAGGAGAAACGGAGGGAAAGGGGACGCCCCUGUUUUCUCGCCACCGUCAUUCCCAGUCUGAAGGACGAGGAGCUCAAGGAAUGGGCAUCCCUGAGAAUCAGCUGGCACAGCAGGCAGGCACGAGUGCUUCAAGGGAAUCCAAUGAAUCUGUGUCCAGCUUUCAAUCCGACAAGGGCUCUGACAGUGACAGGCGUUCACGCUGGGACAGGUGGGGGUUAACGAGAGGCAAGAAAGACAAAACCUCUUCCCAACCUGAUCUACCUUCAUCUUCAACCAAGAAAGAGGGUCAGUUUGUCCGCACAGCCUCAGACUUUGCUCCUGUUUUCCACAUUAAACUUAAAGACCAGAUCUUGUUGGAAGGGGAGUCAGUCACACUCACUUGUCUUCCAGCUGGAAGUCCACACCCAGAAAUAAUGUGGAUGAAAGAUCGUAAACCACUGGAGCUGAAUGACCGGAUUAACCUGAUGUCCCACCCCGAUGGCAGGCAGCUUCUAACAGUCAUGAAGUCCUCUCGGAGGGACACUGGAAUCUAUGAAUGUGUAGCAACCAACCCUAUAGCUACAGUAACCACCUCUUGCACACUUUCUAUAGCGUGUGUCCCAAAACGCCCAGGGACCCCGGAGGUCCCUCAGACUUAUGAUACCACAGCCUUGGUCCUCUGGAAGCCUGCGGACACCAAACCUCCAUGUAGCUACACAUUAGAGAGAAAGAAAGAAGGAGAUUCCAAGUGGCUGACUGUGGUCACUGGAGUGGUGGAUUGUUACUACAAUGUCACGAACCUGCCACAAGGUGACACAUUCAGGUUCAGAGUUUCCUGCGUGAACAGGGCUGGACAAGGGCCACACAGCAACCAGUCCGCUCCAGUCUGCAUGAAGUCAACAGGUGGCAGUGUUUCACCUGCUGUUGCUGCUGUGAAGACAGUCCCAACCCCACCAGUGGUCACCUCAUCAGUCGUCAUACCUGGAAAACCAGUCCAAAGUAACCCCUCCAGGAUUAUAGCCUCCACUUCCUCCUCUCCUAAAGAUCCAUCCUCCUUUAUGUUGGUGCAGCCCGUCUCUUCUUCCUCUCAUCCUUCUACCCCUAUUCCCACAGCAGCCCCUGUAGGGAGGAAGAUUGAAAAAGCCAAUGAAACAGUCUUGAGUCAUCCCUCUUCACCAACAGUCAAAUCCCCUCCACCGUUUGUCCUCCCAAAACCCCAGAGUCCAGUAAAUGUAGUCACACCAAUGACUCAAACCACAUCUGUAUUUUCCACUCCCCCUCAUCUUGUAACUCCGUCCUUGGACCACACAAAACCAGCAGUGUCUUCUGUGCUGGUCCAUGUUCCUACCGCCACUGUCACUGCUCGUGUGGCCCCAAAACCAGUGUCCUUCACCCCACAAGUGCUCCAGUUGUCCAGCCUGAGUCCGAUUGGUGAAUCAGUCAGAACUUCCUCCAGAGGCACACCUUCAGCUCAUACUACACCCUCCACUGUUCUACGACAGGGUGUUCCACAGAAGCCCUACACCUUCCUCGAAGAGAAAGCCAGAGGUCGCUUUGGAGUAAUCCGUGAGUGCAGGGAAAAUUCGACUGGCAAAAUCUUUAUGGCGAAGAUCAUUCCCUAUAGUCAAGAGAACAAGCCAGAAAUCCUGAAGGAGUAUGAAAUCCUGAAAUCCCUUCACAAUGACAAAGUGAUGUCUCUGCAUGAAGCCUAUGUCACGCCACGCUACCUGGUGCUGGUGUCAGAGUAUUGCACCGGCAAAGAGCUACUGUACAGCCUCAUAGAAAGAUUCCGCUACUCUGAAGAUGACGUGGUGGGGUAUUUGGUCCAGCUCCUUCAAGGUGUAGAGUACCUCCACAGUCGACGUGUCCUCCACCUUGACCUGAAACCUGACAACAUCAUGGUGACCAACCUCAACACAAUCAAGAUUGUAGACUUGGGGAGUGCACAGAGCUUCAACCCACUCAGUCUCAAGCAACAGGACUCGAGAAGAGGAACGCUGGAGUAUAUGGCUCCUGAGAUGGUCAAGGGCGAAGUUCUUGGUCCCCCGGCAGAUGUUUGGACGGUGGGAGUCGUCACCUUCAUCAUGCUUAGUGGUCGACUCCCCUUCGAAGACAAGGACCCCCUUAAGGUUGAAUCCAAAAUCCUGAUGGCCAAGUUUGAGCCGGCGAAACUCUAUCCAAAUGUUUCCCAAAGUGCCUGUGCCUUUCUGAAAAAGAUGUUGAGCAGUUACCCGUGGGCUCGUGCGACCACCCGAGACUGCUUCGCUCACGCUUGGCUUCAGGACUCUUACCUGAUGAAGCUGAGGAGACAAACGCUCACCUUCACCUCCAACCGACUCAAAGAGUUCCUGGUUGAACAGCAGUGCCGUCGCACUGCCGACGCCACCAAGCACAAGGUGUUGCUGCGCACCUACCAGAGUUCACCCCAGUCUCCAGCCCUAGGGACCGCAGCUCCAGCUGAUGUGAAGUGACGGCAGAAGCCUCCAGAAUACACUACCUGGGCAUGAGUCUGCAGAAUAAACCACGUUGUGCAUCCUUCCCAGGUCUUCUGUGAAGUAACGCAUAAUGAAUGUUAGCGUGUCAGGUCGGGGAACACAGUGACAGCUGGUUUUAGUUUCAGUAUCCACAGAGCAGCUCCUGCGCCUGUUCUUCAGUUGAACAGAUCCUGGCACUUGAAUGAUUGUCUUUAAGAGACCGUUAAUCCAACAACAGAACACAGGGUGUUCCAUUAUUUGUGAUUGCACAUUUUCUCAGUCAUGUGAUGAAUUGCUUAACUGCACAUUAAUAUUUGGUGAUUAAUCAGAUCAACACUGCACGAUUAGCCUGGACACAUUUCCUCUCUGUUCUUGUCACCACAGGUGUGUUCACACUUGUCAUGUUUGGUGCUGACGCUCUGUUGGUGCCGUGGUCUUGAAUGUAUGCAAAGACUGACAUCUAAGCCUUGGU